AUGGUUGGAGUUUCGGUGAAUAGUAAGAUACUUUAUAUUCACUUCUUGAAUAAAAAUAUAUAUUUUCAUCAUCUAAUUGAAAGUGUUGGGUUGAAGAGCUCUAAUGGCAAUGGUAAUGAAGGUGGAGGGACAAUACUUGCGGUGAUGGUGCAUGAGUGGUAUAAUGGAUGUAGAGAGAUGAUGGUGGUAAUUGUAGUGUAUAAUGAAGGGUUUGCUUGCGUCGAAGGGAUCUUCUUCUCCGGCAGCUUCAACUCGAUCUUCUGGCUCAAAAAACGAGGCUUGAUGCCCGGACUCACCUUCUCGAACGAGUUGAUUUCCCGAGACGAGGGUUUGCACUGCAAUUUUGUUUGCUUGAUCUAUGAGCUGCUGACUCAGAAGCUAAGUGAGGAGCAAGUUAAGAGAAUCGUUACUGAUGCGGUGGAGAUAGAGAGAGAGUUCGUGUGCGACGCUUUGUUGUGUGGACUAGUAGGGAUGAACAGUGAUCUAAUGAGUAACACCCCUAAGUAUAUUGAGUUAGUGGCUGAUAGGCUUUUGGGGGCUUUGGGAUAUGGAAAAUUGUAUGAUGCCCAAAACCCAUUUGAUUGGAUGGAGCUGAUUAGUUUGCAGGGAAAGACUAAUUUCUUUGAGACGAGAGUUGGAGAGUACCAGAAGGCUUCUGUGAUAAAUAGCUUGAAUCGGAAUGGUGGGCUUUAUGUCUUCAAGCUUGAUGAAGAUUUCUAA